GAACCGCAAGUUUCUGCGGCGACGGCGGCGGCUGCGGGACUCAGAGCGGAAUCCGGGGGAGCGGGCGGAGCGCGACCGCAGCCCGACGGAGGGCACGGGCGGGGACCAGAUCUCCCCGAGCACAGUGGGAGCCGCCACCCGCCGCGCCGCUGCCUGCCCCAGCCGACCGGCGCCGAGGAGGGAGCCCAAAAAGUAUGGCUGAGGAGGCGGCGCCUAGCGAGUCCCCGGCCGCCGGCCGGCCGAGCUGGGAACUUUGUGCCGGGGCUCUCCGGGGCCGGCGGGAGGCGGUGGGGCGCGGGGACACCACCGGUCCCCGCCGCCCCCGGGCUGACCCCCGGCGCUGGCCUAGUGGGCUGCUGCUGCUGCUUUGGCUGCUGGAAGCUCCGCUGCUGUUGGGGGUCCGAGCGCAGGCGGCGGGCCAGGUACCCGGGCCGGGCCAGCAAGCCCCGCCGCCGCCCCAGCAGCAGCAGAGCGGGCAGCAGUACAACGGCGAACGGGGCAUCUCCAUCCCGGACCACGGCUACUGCCAGCCCAUAUCCAUCCCGCUGUGCACGGACAUCGCGUACAACCAGACCAUCAUGCCCAACCUGCUGGGCCACACGAAUCAGGAGGACGCGGGCCUGGAGGUGCACCAGUUCUACCCGCUGGUGAAGGUGCAGUGCUCCGCCGAGCUCAAGUUCUUCCUGUGCUCCAUGUAUGCGCCCGUGUGCACCGUGCUGGAGCAGGCGCUGCCGCCCUGCCGCUCCCUGUGCGAGCGCGCACGCCAGGGUUGCGAGGCGCUCAUGAACAAGUUCGGCUUCCAGUGGCCAGACACGCUCAAGUGCGAGAAGUUCCCGGUGCAUGGCGCAGGAGAGCUGUGCGUGGGCCAGAACACGUCCGACAAAGGUACCCCGACUCCCUCCUUGCUGCCGGAGUUCUGGACCAGUAAUCCGCAGCACGGCGGCGGUUAUCGCGGCGGCUACCCGGGGGGCGCCGGCCCGGUGGAGCGGGGCAAGUUCUCCUGCCCGCGCGCUCUCAGGGUGCCCUCCUACCUCAACUACCACUUUCUGGGGGAGAAGGACUGCGGCGCGCCCUGCGAGCCCACUAAGGUAUACGGGCUCAUGUACUUUGGGCCGGAGGAGCUGCGCUUCUCGCGCACCUGGAUUGGCAUCUGGUCCGUGCUGUGCUGCGCCUCCACGCUCUUCACGGUACUCACGUACCUGGUGGACAUGCGGCGCUUCAGCUACCCGGAACGACCCAUCAUUUUCCUGUCCGGCUGUUACACAGCGGUGGCCGUGGCCUACAUCGCUGGCUUUCUGCUGGAGGACCGGGUGGUGUGUAACGACAAGUUUGCAGAGGACGGGGCGCGCACCGUGGCGCAGGGCACUAAGAAGGAGGGCUGCACUAUCCUCUUUAUGAUGCUCUACUUCUUCAGCAUGGCCAGCUCCAUCUGGUGGGUGAUCCUGUCCCUCACCUGGUUCCUGGCAGCCGGCAUGAAGUGGGGCCACGAAGCCAUCGAGGCCAACUCACAGUAUUUUCACCUAGCCGCCUGGGCUGUGCCAGCCAUCAAAACUAUAACCAUCCUGGCGUUGGGCCAGGUGGACGGCGAUGUACUGAGUGGAGUGUGUUUUGUAGGGCUUAACAACGUGGACGCGCUGCGUGGCUUUGUGCUGGCGCCGCUCUUCGUCUAUCUGUUCAUCGGCACCUCUUUCCUGCUGGCCGGUUUCGUGUCGCUCUUCCGCAUCCGCACCAUUAUGAAGCACGAUGGCACCAAGACCGAGAAGCUGGAGAAGCUCAUGGUGCGCAUCGGAGUCUUCAGCGUGCUCUACACCGUGCCGGCCACCAUCGUCAUCGCCUGCUACUUCUACGAGCAGGCCUUCCGGGACCAGUGGGAGCGCAGCUGGGUGGCCCAGAGCUGCAAGAGUUAUGCCAUCCCCUGCCCUCACCUCCAGGGGGGUGGAGGCGUCCCACCACACCCGCCCAUGACUCCCGACUUUACCGUCUUCAUGAUCAAGUAUCUCAUGACGCUGAUCGUGGGCAUCACGUCGGGCUUCUGGAUCUGGUCUGGCAAGACACUGAACUCCUGGAGGAAGUUCUACACGAGGCUCACCAACAGCAAACAGGGGGAGACUACCGUCUGAGACCCGAACUCUGCCUUCCCCGCUUCUUGGUCGGAUCCCAGCCCUGGCCCGAAAGCUGGCCCCAAGGAACUCCUGCCAAGCCUGGCCACUCCGGGCUUCCUCGCUAGACACUCAGCUUUUGCAGGCUCCUUUCAACAAACAGCACAGCUCCUGCAAAAGCUUCCGUCCCAGGGGUAAAGGAAAGAGAGGGCCGAAGUGCCAGAGGGGUGUGUGUGUGGACCGAUCUCUCUAGCCCUAGCUCUGAUACCAGGGACUGUACGCUUUUAUGAUUGUAAAUAGCCUCUGUAAGAUUUUUGUAAGUAUAUUUGUAUUUAAAGACUACCGAACAACGCGAUUUUUUUUUCUUUUUAAAAAUGUUUAAUUAUUUAGGGCGGUUUAAGCAUUCGAAGCUUUUCUCACUUGCCUUUUUCGGAAGACUGCAGAGGAGGUAAAACAGAGCACUUGCUGAGUGCCCUGUGCCCUUAGCCCAGUCGUGGGAGCAUGGGCCUGGCUAUCGCACUGGGGGCUGUGACAUGGGUUGCCUCUCCAGGGUCAUUUCCCACCGCGUCCUUCAACUUCCCCCCACCUCCCCGCCCCUUGCGUGCGUGCGUGGAAACUUUUAAGGUGCGGAACUCCACAGUUUCCCCGCUCCUGAGGUGGGCCCCGCCCAUUCCAGUCCCCUCCCCCUUUCAGAGGCAGCGUGUGAGGCUUGUCCCUGUGACUUCCCGAUGCUGAUUUUUUCACAACCACCUUCCAGCUUCAUAGAGGCCCGCAGGGUGAUCACUGCCCGUUGACCCAACCUCCCUCUCCCUUGAUGUUCCUCGCCCAGAUGUUCCUACCUAAACUGGUCAGAGAGUAGGUGCAGUGACCAAUGCCUAACUUUAGAAAAGCUGACUUUUUAUGGGUGAGCUCUUUUGCUUUAGUGACUAAAACCUGCUAUGGGUUUGGCCAUUAGUGAGACUGUGGAAGAGCUUUGUGUGGGUUGGAAGAAACGGAAGGAGAUUAUAAAGUGUUCUAAUUACAUUUUGAUGGCUGGCAACCUGCUCCCCACCCCCACUCCCCUCCCGUGAGGAGACUGCCUGCUUUUAGAUUUUAUCCUACGAAAUGGAGACUUUGAGGUCGCCUGGAAAGCUUAGUGAAGGAGCUGAUCUUUGCUUUCCUUAACAGGAUAGCAGAGCAUACAGAAAAUAUGAAAAGCUGAAGGAGGUCUCAGUGGAGUGGACUUCCUCAGAAUGAAAUGCUGUUUCCUGGUUUUGAUCAAAUUAUAAUUAGACUUAUAUCAACUUUACAACGGAGAAGUUGUACACUAUGAACACAUUAUGAUUACUCAGCAACACAUUCUGAGGGAGGAACCAUCCACACCCCCAGGAGUAGCCUGGUAUACUUCAGAAGGUACAGGAGGUAAACGAAUUGAUGGAUGAGAGAAACAAAUACAAUCUGGCAUGCAUGCCGAGUCGGAAGUGUGUACAUUCCUACUGCAUCCUACCGUUUGUGCUUCUGUUUGGAUUUACGGCAGUGUGUCAAGUGUAAAUCUCUCAAAGCCAUUUACAAACAUUCACUUUAGUUCUCUAUGAAGAGGAGAAAAGCAAUCCUCCUGAUUGUAGUGUUUAAACUUUUAAGAGUUUAUCAAAAAUGCCGGCACCUAAGACCUAAAUUUAUCUAUGGCUGUCAUUUCCAAAAAUGACGUUGGUUUUUGAAUUUGGUAUGCAUUUAUUCUGUUCAUUUAUCACAAAACCAUUUAUAUUUAUAGAGGAAUAGAAGUUUAUAUAUAUAAAGUGCCAUAUUUUUAAUUUCGCAAAUAAAAAAGUGAAAGUUUUGUACGAAAUUA